AUGAGUGAAACUGAGGAUAACAAAGUAACCAAUACUGAUAAUAUCAAUUCAGCCAUAAAACCCAACGACGAAAAUGAUUACAAAAAUAAAAUGAAAACUAGAGGCAGAAAACGAAAAAGAUUGGAUAGUUCAAGUAGUUCAGACCCAGAAAGUAUACUACCAGAAAACGCCCUAGUGAUGGAGAAGAAUUUACAUGCUUCAGCUAUCAAAAACAAUUUGGAUGACGCCAGUGUAAAAAAAAUACUAAAGAAAGUAGUAACAAAUGAUCAUGUUCUAGCAUUGGUAAAGUUAAGAGAAGAAGAAGAGGAGUCUAGCUCAGAAGAAAAGGUUAGACCCAAGCUGACCAGAGCCAAGGUUAAAGAAUUGAUGAAAGUAUCGCCGAAGUCUGCACCUUGGAACUUGGAGAAUUUAGAGCUAACUCCAAUCAAGCACAUUCCAAUAAAGACGCGACCUGAAGUGAAAGCCCUUAUAGCACAAGAACUGCCAGAGGAUGAAGACGAUGAUGAGUACCAGCCAACACAUGAUGAUGUACAAAGCGAUGACGACCAAACUCUGGAAUCAGUUAGCGACAUUGAGUCGCAGCCUCGGACGCCUGCGACACCAAACGUUUCUAGUCCCAAAGUCGUGAAAGACGGUCCAUUCAAAGUGCCACAGAACAUGACAACACCAUCACGCAGAAAGCUAAACCUAGACGAAGAGGCCACAAUAGCACUCCGUACUAGAUCGAAAUUGAGUCUGUCGGAAACGCCCAUAGAGCACAUAGAGAGUUCGUUUGUUCCACCCGAUGACGUGCCGACUGUUGACGUUGACGAUCCCGUCUGGAACGAGUUUCUGGAGGAAUGUUUAAAUCCAGCAUCCACGUCUUUUGCAAGGAAUGAAGAUGACGACGAUGCUGACCCGGAGUAUAAUGUCGCUGCGGACCCUGAUGCGAAUGAUGAUGAUGAAGAAGCACUCGAGAAUAACAUAAUCAAAAUAUCAAAAAAAGAACUCAGUGAUUUAGUAACAGAACUGUUCAGCAUUAUGCCGGAAGCGACGACACAGGAUGAACUUGCUGACAAUCUUGCAAAUAACGUUUUCACCGAGAAUAAUAUUACUGAGAAUAAUAUUUGGAAAGGAAAAAAAGAGCCAAUGUCAGAUGAAGAAAUGUUAGUUAUUGAAGAAACUACUACAGUGGAGAGAAGAAAAAGCAUUACUUAUCUAUCAGUAGGAAAAAGCGAGCCGGAAGAUCACCAAACAAAUACUGAAGAAGAAAUGCGCAAUGAAUCAGAACAACAGAAAGGAGAAACAACAACAACAGCAACAACGACACUAACAACAACACUAGCAACUAGUACAACAACAAAUACAAUUGAGGAAACUGCCACGGUGUUUGUAGAGGAAGUAACCAGGAUAGCUCAGCCGGAGGAUAUAUCACAGCCGCAGCCACCUCAAGUUUUACAAACUUGCCUAGUGGAACUUCAGCUUAAAGAUCCACCCUUAGUCGUACAGCUCGACAGUAAUGCGCCCUGUAUUUUACCAGAACAAAUACUUAUAUUGCAACAACAACUGAGGCAGCACAUUCAGUUGUCAGCUUCGAACUUUCUACAGUUGUUCGUUCAUCCGGUGCAUUGGACUUAUGGUCCAAAAUAUAAAGAAUAUUUGGAAGAUUUAAAUGAAUUGGUGACUAAAAACCCCGAUUCAGUAGCCAAUGUGUGCAACUUGAAACCAGCAAUAGAGCUAAUAGCUUCAUGGGAGAAGACCGUCUCCGUAUCAACGCCCGAGAACGAGGAAAUGGUCAAGUUUAUUGAAAAACAAAUCGAAAGAAGCCGAAGCCGAUGUGCGCAGAACUCGUUGUACGUGGGCGAGUUCCACGACACGAUGAAAGACGUGGUCGCGAACAGCCCCGUGUUCCUGUACCCGUACCUGCUGCCCUCCAUGCCGUACCGACCGGACGUCGUCCGCCGCUUCAAGUUCCUGCGCUCCGAGGACGAGCUAAUAGCCCUUGGAAUGGACGAGUUCUGGGAGUACGUAGAGAUGAACCCGGAGUUGUACCGCACCCGCAGCCACGCGUCCGCGCGUUGUGGUCUGAAGUCGACCAUUAAGUUGCUGUGCCGCUACCUGAUGCCGUGGUACAAGCCGCACUCGCUGCUCGGACACGUGCACUAUGUGCGUCGUACCGACAAGGACAACCCCAUAUACAAAUUCUUUGCUGAGCGCAAAGUAGAACCAGUUGUACACAAACUGUUACCAUUUAAUCCAAAGAUCACACUGUACGAACAACCAGAGUACGAAAUGCCUCGGAUUUGGAUUAGGCAUCUUGCUAAAACCAGUAAACGUUUUAAGUCUUAUCUGCAUCGUCGUACCAAUGUGACCGGAAUGACGCCAAACGGCAUUACCGUCAAUUUAGGGACAAAGAUUCAAUAUGCGGCGAAGAAACCGUUACCUAUACAUUUUACACAACAAAUCUCAAAAGAAUAUCCGACGCUGUUGCCUAAAAUUGCACCAAAGCCACCUGUGCCUGAUAAAAUCGAUGUUCAUAUCGACAAAAGCUCUGUGAAUACAACUACACAGUCGGCAGUUGUGAAUGCGAAUGUCGUGACAAUAAUUGUUGCAAAUGACAAGGCAUAUUUGAUUCCCGUUGAUCAACAAACAACAACUGUUAACUCGGUUUCUCAGCCAAUUUGUAGUGCUGUGGAAAAUAAUUCUCUGACUAAUUCUAUAACAAAUGUAGACAGCCAAAACGCUAUAGAUAACUCUGCUGAUUCAAAUAACGUUAAUACCGUUCCCGAAACCGCAAAUGUUGAUAUAACUAAUAAGAGGCCAAACAAAAGUAUUACAGAAAAAGAAACGCCUUAUUCACGUGCACAAUAUGUGGUCGCUGGCAAUGCGUCUAAUUCUAAAAAUGUCGUAAAUGAUCCAAAUCACUGUAUGUGUUGUAUUAUUUUGAAGAAAAUUUGUAGACAACGUCAGACCACGAUCACAGAGUUUUUUAAACCGAAGUCCAACAAAGAAAAUGUCGCGUGUGCGUGUAGAAGUCUCAGACGUCCCAGAAUAACAAAUAAAUUGAGGCUACUUCUGAAAUAUUAUAAAAGUCGUUCAAUGUACGUGCAUAACGAUACGAAUUAUAAAUUAGCUCAAUGUGGCGAAAAUAGCACAGAAUAUGCGAAUGUACCUAAUGUCGAAGUCACAGAGUUAGAAGAUUUAAGUGACCCUAAUGAUAUUGAAUUUGUUACGCUAUUCGAACUGAAGCUGAUACUACGAUUGGGACUAGCCAGGAAUCGGUAUCUUAAGCAAAAAAUAUUCCUGACACCUGAACAGGCGGACAAAAUAGACAAAUUUAAGGAUUACUUCACUCAGGAGUGUGCUCCAAAUUUGUUGAAGAGGAUAAAGGAUGUGGUGACGGACAAAAGUAAAAGGCACGCAUUACUAUCUCGUCUUAUUACAGCAUUUACCGACAACUUAUCAACAGCGUGCAAGACUUGCAGCGAUCUACUCAGGCUCAUGGAUGGGUAUCCUGAACUAGCCAAGUAUACCUUCACUUUGUUCCCGCACAAAAGACUAAGACAAAUAGUGCGACCGACUGUCUCUAGAAGUUUGAACGAGGAGUCAAGUAGUACAAUUGAAUCAAAUGUACAAAAUAAUCUUACACAACAUAAAGAGAACGAGCUUCGGAUAUGUGAUGAAAGUCAAACUAGAAUGGAUUACGAGGAUGAUCAUUCGUCAAGUACGAGCGAUGCUAGUGAUAACGAAGAUGAUCAAUUAAACAAAAAUGAGAAUAGUGAACAAAACAAUAUAAAUAAAGAUAGCGAGAAAAUAGUAAAAGAAGAAAGAAGAGAUGAUGUUGAAAAUUAUCAAGGUGAUCAAUACAUAGACUCACCAAUAGAAGAACAGUCGCAGCCGGAAAAGUCGGCAAAUAAUCUCGAUACUAAUGAAUACAGUGAUGAUAGUAAUAUUAAAUUGGAAUUAGAUAUAAUGUCAGAUGAUGACGGAACAGUCAAAACAGAAAGUCCCGAAUGGCAGAGGAGCGAAGACAAAUUGAUUUUGGAAUUACUGAAAAACUCUUUAACUCGCGAGGAACGCAAGAAUAAAACAAUAAAAGAUAUUUUGGAGGAGAAGGAAGUUUUACAAAUGAUAACUGAAAGUCUGUCGCACAAGUCUGCUAAAGAUGUAACUGAGCGUGUGAUAUAUUUAUUAGAAUUGCUGGUGAUUAGCGAAAGUGUUUAA